GAGAGAGAGGGGGGGAGAGUCGGCGUUCCGGAGCAGAGCCGAAAUCGAAAUCGAAGAAGAAGAAGAAGCAGCUGCCAUGAAGGGCUUCGGAAGAUUGGUGAGGCGAGGACUCGUCCAUAGAAGAUCGAACCAGUUCCUGGAAGGAGGGGCUCGACGCACUUCUCGUCGCCCCCUAUUCGCAUGCUCAACGGCGACGAGUAGGAGGCCAUAUUCGAUCUUUCAGAGCCACGAUGCAUCGUCUGGUUUCACGACGUUGAAAUCUACCAGUAUUUCUUCAUUGCAAUCCGCAAAACUGGACCAUUUUAAAGGGCAGAGGAGGACCAUGUUUAUCCAAACAGAACCGACUCCUAAUCCUUCAUCCCUUAUGUUCUAUCCUGGAAGGCCAGUCAUGGAAGUUGGGAGUGCAGACUUCCCAAAUGCUCGUUCAGCCAUGAAUUCUCCACUUGCAAAUUCACUGUAUGGGAUUGAUGGAAUUUCUCGAGUGUUUUUUGGAUCAGAUUUUAUAACUAUAACAAAAUCAGAAGAUAAUUCAUGGGAUCUUCUGAAACCUGAAAUUUUUGCUGCAAUUAUGGACUUUUAUUCUACUGGGAAACCACUUUUUCUGGACUCUAGUACCGCUGCUUCAAUGGACACUGCUAUCCACGAAGAUGAUUCAGAAACAGUUGCAAUGAUUAAAGAACUAUUGGAGACUCGCAUUCGACCUGCAGUACAAGAUGAUGGUGGAGAUAUUGAGUACCGUGGAUUUGAUCUUGAUACUGGAGUAGUCAAACUCAGAAUGCAAGGAGCAUGUAGUGGCUGUCCAAGCUCAUCUGUUACCCUGAAAUCUGGCAUUGAGAACAUGUUGAUGCACUACGUACCAGAGGUCAAAGGUGUGGAGCAGGAACUUGAUGAUGAAGAUGAAGAGGCAACCCUACCUGCUUAGAUGAAGGUGCUGAAUAAUCUCUCCCCCAGUUUUAUGAUCCAUUCUCCAGAUAGAACAACCUUAAUUUACCAGAAAGAAGCGCCUCCUUGUAUUUACUGUUGCUUACAAUGUCAUCUGAAUCAGCCAAUUCCAACUCUCAAGCAUACCUGUAAAGAUAAUACUUAUUUCAGUCCUCUGUUGUAUUUUUUUUUUUGGCUAAGACAAGGAGAACUAGUCAUUCUGACUUUGAUAUGAGUUAUUUGUUUUUGACGGGGACCUGAUAUGUGUGCUGUGGGGAUGAGAUAGAUACAUGUAUAUAUAGGGUGUGAGCUUCCAGUCGGUCCGGUGCUCAAACCU